AUGGAUCGAUUACAUCAGAGCUUAUUGAGUCUACUACCACUACAGUUGCAAUCUUCCUUCAAUUCUGACUUUGAUGAUGAACAUGAUGAUGACGAACAUGAUGGUGAUGAUGAAGAGAGUUGGUACGAUACAAAGCUACUUCAGAGAGAACUGAAUCGCUCCUUAGAAGAACGGCUCAUCACAGAAGAAUUGGUGACAGCGGCGACAUUAUCACUUCAGCAGAAAAACGAGAUUACACGACUAAGUGUGGACGAGUUUCUGGUUGGGAGGAAGCUUGGUGAAGGAAGAUUUGGAGUCAUCCACGAGCUGCUGCUUUUAGAGCAAUCGAGGUUGGAGUUGAGGAAAGACGAUGACGAUGACGAUGGUGCGAAAUGGAGGCAAGAACAGCUGAUGUCACCAUCGUCGUUCCGUCAUCACGAAAACGGUUAUGCUGUCAAGCGUACACACAAGCUACCAACACUCAGGGAUAGAAGACGAAUGACUCGAACAGAGAAAAGCUCAAGGCGGAGGCAGAGGCUUCAGAAUCUAGUAGACUUUGAAUCCGAGCUACGCAUUCUGAGUUCGGUCCAUCAUCCCAACGUUAUUAGGACGUAUGGGACAAUAUUGGUGCAAGAUCAUCCUCAGGACGGUUCUACCACCAAAAUGAUGGUCAUGGAGCGAUUGCAGGAUACUUUGGAACAACGGUUGCAGACUUGGCGACGGUCUCAACUGCGGCAAUCUUAUCACCCUCAUCAUCAUCAUCAUCAUCAUAAUCAUCAUUCUGGAGUACCAUUCGAAGAUUUAGACUUGCCAGUCAAUCCAAAAAGACUGGAGCUGGCUCUGGAUAUUUCUUCCGCUUUGGACUAUCUGCAUGGACAAAAAAUACUGCACCGUGAUAUCAAACCAUCCAAUAUCGCUUUCGAUCGGAAUGGAAAUAUCAAGCUAUUUGAUUUUGGAUUGUCACGGGGGCUGCAUGUUUUGACGACCACAAGGGGUAUAUAUGGCUCAUCGUCGUCGCCACUUUGGAAGUAUACAGCUUAUGUCGGUUCACCUCGCUACAUGGCUCCUGAAGUCGCGCUGGGUUUGCCCUACAAUGAACUGUGCGAUGUCUAUUCGUUUUCCUUGCUACUUUGGGAACUGAUAUCAUUGCAAAAGCCCUUUGAACAUUUGAGUCCAGAGUCCAUGGGCGAAACUGUCUGGGACAAUGCUUUUUUUCCGGAACGACCUCGGAUCCAAACCACCACGUGGCCAUUGUCCAUUCAAGACUUGCUGCAAAAAGGAUGGAGUCCAGUUCCGUCCAAACGUCCGCCUAUGAAUACCGUUGUUCUCCAAUUGGGAAAUGCAUAUUCCUGGAUGCAACAUGGUGAUGAUAAUGCUGAUUUGGAGGAACAAGAAGAAUCCAAAUUGGAUUAUUGGCAGUGA